AUGAUUGAGAACAAGUGUGUGGAGGGGAAGAGCGCAGCAGUGUUCUCUCUUCUGGAGAAGACUCUGCUCCACUUGCACCUGCCUAGGUAUGUUCCUGGUCUCCUCCUCCUCUCCUGCCCCCUGUACAUCCCUGGGUCCCCUCCUGACCCUGGUUCAGUCACACUGGGUUCCUGCCUGGCCCCUGGUGGUGGUGCAGAAAGUGGCAAGAAUACACUGGUGAAGCAGAUGAAAAUCAUCCACAGCAAGGGCUAGCCUGAGGAACUAGCCAACUUUAAGGUAAUUGUAGACUCCAGGUCCCCUCUGCCCCCUGUGUCCAGGUCUGGCUUUCCCAGCCUUUCUCCUGGGGAGUGGGAUUCUGGCCAGGAUCUGGGUCUUUUCUUGCCCUCAGCAGAGUGGAAUGGGGACCACCUGAGCCUCUCAAGCUGUAAGAUGGCAGCAACAAAGGCUGAUGCCAUUGUGGGCAGUGUAGAUGUGCAGACUCACUCCUGGGCGCGCCUCCUGCUGGUGCAUGCCUGCUCCGUGCUGUCCUGCAUCCACUGUUUGGAUGAGACCCAGAUGGUGCUUCCCUGGGUGUCAGAUGCUCUGUGCUGCCUCUGGGCUGAUGCUGGGGUGCAAGCAGCAACCAGGAGAGGCUACGGAUAUGGGCUGAAUGACACUGUACUCUAUUUCUUUGAGAACAUGGAGUGGCUUGUCCACCCUGAGUUCUGGCCACCAAACAUGCUUCAUGUCCGACUGUGCAUAAGUGGCACUGUUGAGACCCACUUCGGGAUCCAGGACCUGGUGUUCCGGCUCUACGAUGUGGGGGGGCAGCACACUGAGUGCUGGAAGGGGCUUGGCUGCUUUGAGGACAUACAAGCCGUGCUGUUUGUGGCGUCUCUCAGUGCAUACGAUGAGGCCCUCCCAGAGGAGCCAGUGCUGAAUCAGCUUCAGGAAAGCAUGAAGCUUUUCUCCUCUGUCUGCAACACCGUGUUCUUCCAAAGCACUUCCCUGAUCUUGUUUCUGAAUAAAAUCAACCUUCUCCAAGAGAAGAUCCUGCACCUGGGAAGGCACAUGCAUCUCUCCUUUCCUCAGUAUACGUGUGCAGACUGUGAUGUGGGUGCUGCAGCCCGAUUUAUCGCCAGCCUCUUCCUGUUGUGCAAUGAGACCCCACAGAAACUGAUCUACCACCCCUUCACCACUGCCACAGACACAUACAGUGUGCAGGGCGUAUUCCACAUGGUGAUGGACACCAUCAUCCAGGAAAACCUGGAGGCAGCAGCUCUGCUGCGAAGUGCAGGCAGGGGACCUGCAGUGCCAGGGUCUGCUUUCUGCCUCAGAUUCUUGUGGGGGGACUUGCUGCUAGAGUUCAAGUGAGAUGCUGUAUGCUACAGAUGGAGCUGCUCAGUGGGCAGAAGAGGGACAUAUGAUGGAGUCAAAGGGCCUGCCUGGCUCCUGGCACCAUCAUCCCUAAGCCUUCUGUUCUGGGACUAACUCCUUCUGCUUGGCUCCAUCUGGGAUAAGGACCUUUUUCUCCUCUUCCCCCACAUCUUGCCCAGGUUGAGGUGGCACUACCCCCAUGCAUGGUGACUCUAAUCUCUAAGGGGCAGGGCUGAGGUGGGGUGUCUAGGGUUGUACAUGUGCUUUGAAUCUCCCAUUUUCCUCUGCACUGGGCACUGCCCCAUGACAGCAGCUCCUGCCCCCAGCCUGUGCUGUGUCCUGACAGCGCUCAAAUUAAGACAGAGGGGAGGUGGGUACUACCCCUGAGUGGGCUGGCUUGUUGUCUUUCAACAGCCCCACACUGAACUGGUUGGGGCUAAGCAGCACUGGGGGCAGGCUCUCUGCAGGAGCAAUUGGAGCCUCCAACUUGAAACCAAAGGCUGAUCUCGCCCUGAGCCCCUGAUGCAGCUCAAGCUCGGGAUGGUCAGUAGGCCUGGCUGAGGCUCGAUCCCACACUCCUCACGCUGUCUCAGUUAACUGGGCUGGAAGCCCCCCUUGCUCACAGGAGCCUGCUGCCAUCUCCCAGCCUUCAGGGGGUCAGGGGGAGGAGAAGACCUGGAUCCAGACUUAGCCCCGAUCCCUCCUGAGUGACUGAGCUCCCUGCCACGGCAGUGAGCAAUGUAAAUAAAUGCUGUUUCCACCCCAUAUCUGUGCAUUAAAGGCAGGGAGGGGGGAAAAGAGCUGGCUGAAUGGAUGGCAUUUGCCAGGGCAGGGAGUUAAGAUAAUGGGGGAAGGGCUUGAUGCUGUGAAUGGGAGCAGGGACACCUUUAGGAAGUGCAGGGCCCAAUUCGAACAGUUUCGACAGGGCCCUGGCAGGG